AGGCACGCUCCCGCUCGCCCGUCCGGAAGGAGCCGACAGAGCUGGGGCCGCGGCAGCCAUCGCGCUUUGCAGUGCGGUCUCGGAGGGUGCCGGAGCGGCGCCGAGUGGGGAAUCGCCUUCCGUCCAGUCGCGGACCCUGUGAGAUUCGGAUAUGUCCUUCAUAUUUGAUUGGAUUUACAGUGGUUUCAGCAGUGUGCUACAGUUUCUAGGAUUAUAUAAGAAAACUGGUAAAUUGGUGUUUCUUGGAUUGGAUAAUGCAGGAAAAACAACACUGCUGCACAUGCUGAAAGAUGACAGACUUGGACAGCAUGUCCCAACAUUACAUCCCACAUCAGAAGAACUCACUAUUGCUGGCAUGACAUUUACAACUUUUGAUCUGGGUGGACAUAUUCAAGCCCGAAGAGUGUGGAAAAACUACCUUCCUGCUAUCAACGGCAUUGUAUUUCUGGUGGAUUGUGCAGACCGUGAAAGGCUGUUGGAAUCAAAAGAAGAACUUGAUUCACUAAUGACAGAUGAAACCAUUGCUAAUGUGCCUAUACUAAUUCUUGGGAAUAAGAUCGACAGACCUGAAGCCAUCAGUGAAGAGAGGUUACGAGAGAUGUUUGGUUUAUAUGGCCAGACAACAGGCAAGGGCAGUGUAUCACUGAAAGAACUGAAUGCUCGGCCUUUGGAAGUUUUCAUGUGCAGUGUGCUCAAAAGACAAGGCUAUGGCGAAGGCUUCCGCUGGAUGGCGCAGUACAUCGAUUAACAGCAACCUGUAUUCGUGGGUCUCCUCAGAGAUUUGAUCACUCAACAUGCAUAACUUGAAUUCAAUAGACUUUUGUUGGUUUGAAAAUAGGUGUUUUUUAGAUAAUUAAUAUAUCUACUUAAUUUGAAUGAGAAUUGAAAACUGAUUCAAAUAAGUUUGAAUAUCACAAUGUUAGCUUUCUAAUUCCAUAAAAAUAGUUUUUACAGUUUAUAUUCUGACAUCCAUCACCCCCACACCAUUUAUAAAGAGCAAGUUUCCAAUGGUACAUUUGAAGCACUUUUUAACAAUAUGAACUGCAAAGAUAAAGCAUAUUUAAAAACUCAUCAUGUUCAAUUUUUAUGUACUUUUUGGAACUAGUUUUUCAAUUUUAGAUUGUGUGUCUACUUACCUUAAGUGCGCAGUUAUGACUCACUUAUCAAUGAUUGCAUGAUGCCGUACAGUUUUCAGUAAUACUUUUUCUUAUGCAAACGUCAUGCAAUAAAACAAACUAAUGUUUGGCAUCUUUGUUGGA